AUGGACACGGAACCGAUAACACUUGAAGAUGCUUCAUUUGACGAUGGACCGAAAACCCAUCAUUCUUCAUUCAUAGAUAAAAAGUCAGUUAUCGAAAAGUAUCAAAAACUAAAAGAAGAGUCAAAGAAGUUAGAUGAGAUGGCAAUUGAGAUCCGAAGUCUUGUUAUGAUAUGCAGACAAAUGGAGGAAUGCUACACAAAACGAGUUGACAAGAGCUUGGCUAGUUACGGAGAGGUUAGUGAAUUCGAUUCAACAAGAAAUAAACUAUUUUUUCAGAUUACAUAUCUCCAUGACGGAACCAUCCUUCUCCUAGUCACAGUUCACAACAUCACAAAUCAGCCAAUGAACAACUGGAUGCUCUCUGUUCAUCCUUCUCCAAUUUUCCCCAGCAGUUCAUCGAGCGCUUCAUACAGCCAAAGUAUAUCUCUUGGAACCCUUCUACCUGGCGUUCGGAAGACUUUUCAGUGUCAGUUGAACUGUGAAGCACCACCGUUUCUACUAAAUCUGUCGCUGGUGAGAGAUUUUCAUUUGGAUGAAACGCGGAAAGUAUUUCAAAUAGAACUCGACCCGAUAUCAGUUACCUGUUGGAAUCUAGCUCAAGUCGUUGAAAAGAAAACCACUGACCUGAAUACGACUUUCUCAUCUUCAAUUCGGUUACCCAAUUCUCUCAUCAAUCUCCUUUCUGGAAGUCCAGAUACGGUUGUCUCCAAUCCUCAAGUUUUCCAGGCAAUUCUCAAAAUUCCAAAUGUUCAAGAUGAUACCGUUGUGUUCUGCAUUCCACUGUCAUCUGAUGAUAAUGUUUUUGUGAAGGUGAAGUGUGCCAAAGAGGGAACAACGAAUCACACAUUGGCAAUUGGAACUGAAAGCUCUCGGAGCCACACGUUGCUCAUCCAACAUCUACGUCUCCAUCUUAUUGUUGAAAUGUCGAAAUUGAAGUCGAGACCCGCAAAAGGGAUAUUGAUACUAACGGAAAUGGACGCCGUUUCGGUCGAGGAGCUGUUUGAGUCGAUUCUCGGUGCAUUUCACUAA